AUGCAACCUAUUCUCAUCUUAAUUUCUCUUUUAAUUUCUCAUUUGGGAAUUAAAUUCCCAGGAUCUCCUUUACUAAUUAUAUAUCACGCCGAUAACAAUGAAAGAUUCCAUCAUUACCACUUAGCUCUCAUCUUCGUGGCACCCAUAGGAAAGAGACACUGCAAUGAUUCUAAACGGGUAUGUCGUAAUUCUAUUGAGAAGCAAGGGCAUAUCCGUGAUUUCGAAUCCCAAAAGGGCAGUUCAUAAAUCAUAAUGAAGCUUCCCUCUGCUGUAGCUCAAUUCCGGUAGAGUUUUCUUGACUACCAGCAGACCACCGCAACUUCUGCAGCAAGUAUGGAAGCCAACAGAGGCCAGAAUGGAAUUCAACAAUUGCUAGCUGUAGAACAAGAAGCUCAGCAUAUUGUCAAUGCUGCCAGAAAUGCAAAAAUGGCUAGACUUAAACAGGCCAAAGAAGAGGCUGAGAAGGAGAUUGCUGAAUUCCGUGUUCGAAUGGAAAAAGAAUUUCAAAGAAAGGUUGCAGAGAGUAGUGGGGACUCUGGUGCUAAUGUGAAACGCCUUGAGCUGGAAACGGAUGCAAAGAUCCAGAACCUGAAGGUGGAGGCUGCAAGAAUUUCCCAUGAUGUUGUCCACAUGCUUCUGAAGCAUGUGAAUACUGUGAGGACCUAAAAUCUUGGCUGUACCUGAUGGGCGAAAUAUCUGGAUACUUGCUUUUGCCUGUGUUGCUUCUUCCCUCCUUCCCCUUUUGUCUCUAUUGAGUCUUGGAAUCCCCCUUGGUUAAAAUAAGAUGCUUGUAUUUUCCUAUGUCUUGAUUAUAUUUGUCAGUGAUUGGCUGCCUUUGUUCCUUGGUAUAUUAAACAAUCAAUUAUGUACUUUUUGUAUUGGUGCUAAAAAUUAAUAGUAGUUUCGAUCAAGGGCCUUUUUUGAUGCAA